AUGCAGUACGAUUCAUCAGAAAGGGAAAGAGAGGUCCACCUAUUCCUGGACAAAGCCGAGCAUGGAAACUGGGACUAUGUAGAGGCAUGGCUAUGGUCCGAUCCAUCCAAUGUAUCCCGCAUAAACGACGUGCCCAGCGGACGCUGGUCGGCUCUCCACCAAGCCGCCUUUUGGGGGGCAGAAGAGGUGGCGAUGAUGCUGGUACGAUUUGGGGCUGACCCAACGCUAAGAAACAGAGAAGAUCAGACUCCCUCCGAAGUUGCAAAGAUCGGCGGAUACAGCCAUCUGGCAGAGUUGCUUGGCGACAUGGCUGCAUGUUCGGAGAAGCCCAAGAAGCUGGGCACUCUUAGAGUUCUGCCCAGGCAACAAAACCCUGAUAUCUCCAAGAAGUCACAAGAACAAACUUCCAGGCACUCUAGGGCUGAACUAUUGACGUUAUGCAAGAGUAAUGGAUGGGCCUACAAAGAUGCUUCGCGGAAAUUCAAGGCAGAUACGGAGAUUGCACAAGCGGCUUGCUCCAAUUCUGGACUUGUUCUGGAAUUUGCGCCACCCAGAAUACAAAACACAAAAGACGUAGUCAUUGCGGCCUGUUCCCAAGAUGGAAAUGCCUUACAAUUUGCUUCUCUGAAAUUGAAAAACGACCGCGAAGUUGCCCUGGUAGCUUGUUCCCAGAAUGGUCAUGCGCUACAAUUUGCUUCCAAGAAAUUACAAAAGGAUCGAGGUUUUGUGAUGAGUGCUGUUACAGCAUCACGGAAAGGAAAGAAGAACUCUGCAUACAACCAUGCUCUAGAAUGUCACAGAGAAGAUCGAGACAUUGCGAUUGCUGCUCUACACAAUUGUGGUGAUGCAUUGGAGUUUGCUCCUUGGGAGAUAAAAGACGACGAGGAAGCGGUCUCAAUAGCUUGUCGUCAAAAUGGGCGGGCACUUGAGUAUGCUUCGUUUACGUUGAAAGACAACAAGCAACUUGCAAUGACAGCAUGCUCGAAUGAUGGUCUUGCCCUUCAAUUCGCUUCCCCAAAGUUGAAGAGCGAUAAAGAGGUGGUUUUGGAGGCGUGCUCCAAGGAUGGAUUUGCUCUGCAAUAUGCCUCUGUCGAACUUAGGGCCACUAAAGAGAUUGUGGUGGCUGCUGUUGAAUCCAAUCCAGAGUCUCUGAAGUUUGCCCUAGCAGGGUUGAACCAAGACAAAGAUUGCUUGAUUAAGGCUCGAUUGUGGGACGAAGAUUAUCACAAGGAUCAAAAGGUCAAGGGCGCUGGUGCACAGGCUGAUGCAAACAAAAAGACGGUUGUUCUGUCUACAAAGUUCUCCCUCACAGCUGAUAGUUCUGCUCACGCCACCAGAUUCACAGUGGAACUGAAAAAGCAUCCCUACAUUGCAAGUGGGGACUUUCGUGUGUAUUCACCAAAUGCAUUUUCCAAAGGAACCUGUGAUCCACAGUGGACCGACAAGACUUGGCCCUGUCGAGGGACCUUUUCGUCAUGCCAAAAUCCACCUUACUUGAAGUCGGGGAUGCCCCAGGCCAAAUCUUGCUGGAGAUACUCAUUUAGAUACCACUUGGAAGAAGCUUCCUACUCUGGUGGAUUCAUGAUCCAAGUGGCUGACCUCUUGGAUUAUGCAAAGGAAAAGGACCCAAUCUUGGAUCAUACAUUGGGCGAUGGACAAAUGAUAGAAUCAAAAAUGGCCUUGGUGGUGGGUAUCAAGGUGUUUAGAUUCUUUGAACCAAUGCCUGGAAGAGAAUCAUCAUAUGCUAGUACUGUGGACCUUUUGGUUUCCAAAAUCAAGAGUUGGUAUGAUGAAGGCUGCAGUAACAUGACUGAGUGCAACGUUCCUAUCCAAUCGCCCCUGGCCCAAACUAUGGCAGCAAGAGCUGCCAGAAAGACAGUGAAUUUCUAG